GCGUGACCCUUUGGUGUCGGAGCUUUCGCAAGAGCGCGCGGCGCUGGGCUUGCUUGGGCCUAGACGAGCCACAUUGAAGCUUUGGGUGGCGGUCGUUGCACUGGUGCACUUCGACCGUGGGGCCGCGACAGUGGCGGCGAUGGAUGUUUCCAAUUGGGGCAACGCUGACUCUCACGGUGCAUCCUUCGGACAUGCUGUAGUCUUACUCGCCUGGCACUCCAUUGGAUUGGCAGUCGGCAACAGCUUGGCGGGCUCCUUCUUCCAACAGGCAUCGGCAAAAGCAAUGCUGCUCAUGGGUCUGACGGCGAGUCUAACCUUCUCUCUGGCAUUCGGCCUGCAGGAGAACCCAGGAGUAUUCAUCACGGCCGUCCUCCGUUUGGGGUCUGGAGUCGCUGCAGCGCUGCCACUUGUUUACCUCCCAUUCUGGGUGGAUGAGUUCUCUCCGCCAGAAGGGCAUGGCCAAUGGAUGUCCAUCGUACAGACAGGUGUCCCGAUUGGCCAGUUCUGUGGUGUCCUCGCGGGCGCGGUGGCAGAAGAUCAGCGAAGCUGGCGAAAUGCUCUGCUGGGCCAGGCCGCGCUACUUUUUCUUGUGCUACUGCGAUUGGCGAUCAUUCCUGCGCAGCAGAUUGACGCGGCCAAUCCGUCGCUGACCGCCCGGUUGGAUUCUUUGGCUUUGCACUCGCCGGAUGCACAGCUCGGGCGAUUGCAAAACCUAAUGCGGGAGCUGCGAGAGAUGCUUCAAGGUGUGAACAGGAAUCCUUUGACCCUGUCCCUCUCGAGCGUGCUCUGCCUUCUCCACGCCACGGGGGCGGGGCUGGCUCUCUGGACAGCCCCGUAUCUUGCACUUAGCGAUGGGGCGCCGUCGCCCCUGGUCUCCUUGAUGUUGGCUGCUUUAAUCUUAUCCUGCUGCCCUGCCGCUGGAACUUACGUUGGGGCAAUCGCCUGCUAUCGAGUGGAUGGCUUCAAGGCUGGAAUGCAUGCGGUGGCCCUUCGUGUUGCCUGCGCAUUUGCCGCGCUGGCGGCGCUCUGCGCUCCACUAAACAGUGCAUCUUCAAGCUUCAUCCUGCGUCUCUUUCUGGUGGCAUGUUGGCUUUUCAGUGCAGGUGCUUUGCUGCCAAUCUCGGCGGGCCUACUAAUGACCUCCAUGCCAUCGUACCUUAGAUCUUUCUCGUCGGCAUCUACAGUUCUGGUUCUUCACGUUGUUAGCUUCUCUGUGAUGCCAGGUGUUGCUGCAGUGCUCAUGGGCUGCUUCAUACGCCCUGAAAAGCACAAGCCCAUUGGACGACAAGAAUACCUGCAGCUGACGAUCUCAGACGUCGACUCCUAUGAACAAGGUGCGAGUAUCAGAUCGGACAUCACAGGGCCGUCCGGAUCCUUCCGCUGUUGCUUAAAGGUUUAUCCGAAAGGGACCGUGGGUACGGAACGCUCCGUGUCAAAUGCAUUGGCAGCAUUUGUGGAAAUCAUUCCUCCGCCUUCCGUGAAAGAGUCGAGCUGGGUGUGCAAAGAUGUCGAGUACGGCAUCGCAGUCCGCAGAAACGUUGAGAGCCACACUGCGGAACUUUCCAGAUCAGAUACUUUCAGCUUUGACCAGGAUCAUGAAGACAGGGGCUGGCAUGACAUCAUCCGCUGGAAUGACAACAAAUGGACUGCGACCAGCAGCAUCAGUAUUUGUGCGGAGGUCAGAGGCCUUCCUGUGGCAGACGCGCUGAUAUCCGACUUGCAAGGGGUAUCUUUCGAAGAUGAGCUGCAGCCUGUGUCUUUUCACCUGUCUGCGUGCACACUCUUUUUUGAUCAACGGCUGCUGGUGGCCAGGUCAGACUACUUUCGUGAGAUGUUUGCACAGUCACAGUGGAUGGAGGGUCAGACCAAAGAGGUGGAUCUUCGCUCAGAUCCGCUGGCAACAAAAGCAGCGAUGAGCGCAAUACUGCGCUAUAUCGUCUCGGGCUCCUUCCAUGCCGAUGGAGACGUGGAUUUGGCAUUUGCGGUGCGUUUCCUGGCAGACAGGUACUGCUUGAAGGAGCUCGUUCAGCUGGCCGAGUCUGAGUUGUUGGCAAUGCUUUGCCCGGAAAAUGCCUUGAGCUUCCUGGGACGUUUGAGUGAUUUAAAGAGCUCCAAUUGUCUGGAGCUGGCAUGCUGGAAGAUGAUCCAAGCCGAUGGAUGCAAGUUGCUGGAGCAGCAGCACCAUCAACUUAGCCAGCUCAUCGAAGAAAACCCGACAGUGGCCAAGCAGCUCAUCCUCCUGAAUGGCCUCAGCUUUGGUGUUGGCCUGAUGCUUUGGGCAACCCUCCCAGCAGCAAUCUUGCUGCUCUUUGCGUACGCGCGAGAGCCCAAGGGCUCGGGUCCUGCUGGCAGCCUGUCGGGCGUGGAUGACUUGACCUUUAGCGACAUCAGCUACGAGCUGGCACGCAGGCGAAUGAGCACCUCGCCUCUUUGA